AUGAAAGAAAAAUAUUCAUUUGCUGUUUUUAGACAAAGAAAUGUUGACGAUUUAUACAAGACAUACCCCGAAGAUGAAGUGUUUGACACUCAAAUAGAUGGGGAUGAAGAUUCUGAAGACACAGCACUAACAUUGCUUGGAGAUAAAGAUCCUGAAAUUGAUUCAGAACCACCUGCGACCACUUUAAACAACAUUACAUUAGAGCUUAUACAGAUGGAGAAAUGUAUUGUAUUCACAAACAAGAUACAAGAACUGUUGCAAACGAUACAUGGUGUCUCUUGUUCUAUAAGUGGUUGUCCAAAGCAAUGGAUCUACACCAAGGUGUAUGUUGGAAGCUGUUUGGUUAUCAGUUGGAAAUGUUCUUCUGGACAUUUUGGUGGGAUCUGGUCCUCACAGCCAAUGUUUAAUAGAGCAAGAGCUGGAAAUUUGUUGCUUUCCUCCUGUCGUCUGUUGACAGGAAAUUCCUUUGCAAAAAUUGCAUUGUUUUUUAAAUUUCUCAAUCUCAGGUUCAUUUUGAAGAGCUUAUUUUACGAGCAUCAAGGACUUUAUAUUGUGCCUACUGUUCAGAGCUAUUGGGAAACAAUGAAAAAAAGCCUAUGGGAGGAGAGAAGUGCCAAAGAAGUCCUUCUAAGUGGUGAUGCAAGAAAUGACUCACCAGGCCAUUGUGCCCAAUAUUGUACAUACACACUUGCGGACAUGAACGAUAAGGUGAUUUUACAGCAAAAUGUGCUUGACGUGCGGGAAGUGGAAGGACGGAAGAGUACGAAUAUGGAACGGUUAGGAUUUGAACAGGGUAUGGAUGUGUUGAUGAGUACAAAUAUUGACAUAAAGGAAGUCAUCACUGAUGCCCAUACUGGAAUUGGUGGUUUGAUGAGUAUGUUCUUAAUUUUUUAUGUAUAUAAUUAUAUAAUUCAUGAUGCAAAAAGGUGCCAACAAAUGUGA